GGAAGACGCGACCCGGAAAGCGGCCGUAUAUGAACAAGGCGGGUCAGACGCGGAGGACGCACUUGGGAUCUCGCAUUCUCGCUCGCUCGCUCGCUCGGCCAUCAUCGGACUUCUGUACAAGCACGAGAGGGGAGAAACAGCGGAUUCAUCACCGUCAGAGAGUGUUAGAACAAGAUGGUGGCCAAUGGUGAUGCACCUGCUAGAGGGAGUGCCGCGGCAGCUGCAAGCCUGCGCAGGCGUAGGACCACAAGCGGUGCUGCUGGUGGUGGAGGCGGUGCCAGCUCAAUGCUCCAGUUCUACACUGAUGAGGCUGCGGGCCGCAAAAUGUCACCAAACACUGUUCUGAUCAUGAGCAUUGGGUUCAUCGCUGUCGUCGCUAUGCUCCAUGUUUUCGGGAAGCUCUACCGCACCUCCAACUAGGUUGGCAUUACCAAUAUCCAACAAAGCAGAGGCCACCAAGAGAGGAACCUUAUAGAGCGAUUUAAAUGGAUAGCAAGUGACAAUCAGAGAGGAACCUUGUAGAGCGAUUUAAAUGGAUAGCAAGUGACUAUUAGAUUCUGAACUGUUAUAGAAGUUUAUUUAUACAACUUGCAAUGCUGAGGGCUAUGAUAAUCCCUGCGAGUCUGGUUUAGUCAUUGUUUGAUAUUUUUGAAAUGUGCUUGCAUAUGCUACUUUGUGUUUCUGUUUACCUGAUCUUGCCAUUCAA